GUAGCAGUCAGUGCAAUGGGAUAGAGGAGAGCGAGGAGUAGGAGGAGAGUGAAUGAGAGCUGUUGGAUCUGCUGUGCCUGCGUGCCUGCCUGUCGUCUGCUGAAGCUGGGGUUUGCUGCCACGCUGCGCUGGCACAGAGCAGAGUCACGGCCCAUUUGCACCACCGUCCUCCCUCUCAGCACCAACACAGCACCGGUUGUUAACUCCAGCGACACCACCAGCAAGGCAAACCAAGGACAGAGCUCACCAGGCUUUCACCAUCAUCAAAGGGGGCACUCUGCAGCUACAAAGGGGCCUGACGCUACAAUUUAGGAACCAGCUGCUACCUCAUCCAAAUCCCCCUCCACCUUAUCCCAUCCUUACCAACACCACCGCCACUCCUCUCUUGCUCCUCCCUAUGCCCUUGUCCUCGGCGGCUCCUCUCACCUCCCUGGCCAGUAUAUGGAUAGAAGCUCCCUGUUUCAGCUCAUACAAGAGCAGCUGGACCCAGAAAACACCGGUUUCAUCGCAGUGGAGAACUUCACCAGCUUGGUGGAGCACCAUGAGCUGCAGCUGGACCCGUCCAAGCUGGACAUGCUGUUAGCGCUGGUCCAGAGCAAUGAAGAGGGGCAGGUGUGCUACCAGGAGCUCAUCGAGCUGAUGAACAGUAAGCGCUCCAGCAGUUUCCGACGAGCCAUUGCCAAUGGCCGCCGCACACUGCAGCGGGAGAUCCUGCUGGAUGAGACGGGGCUGGGUCUGUACAAGCGUUUUGUUCGCUAUGUGGCGUACGAGAUCCUGCCCUGUGAGACGGACCGACGCUGGUACUUCCACCAGAACCGCCUGUGUCCCCCACCUGUCUUCAUCGCCAUUGUCACCAUAGUACAGAUUAUCGUGUUCAUGUGCUAUGGCAUCAUGCUAAACAAGUGGGUACUGCAGACCUAUCAGCCUGACUUCAUGAAGAGCCCCCUGGUCUACCAUCCUGGCCACCGUGCACAAGUGUGGCGCUUCUUCAGCUACAUGUUCAUGCACGUUGGUUUGGAGCAGCUGGGGUUCAAUGCUUUACUGCAGCUGAUGAUUGGCGUUCCUUUGGAGAUGGUCCAUGGCAUUUUACGAAUAAGUCUGCUUUACAUGGCAGGAGUGCUGGCUGGCUCGCUGACGGUAUCCAUCACCGACAUGCGUGCUCCAGUCGUGGGGGGCUCCGGGGGGGUCUACGCUCUGUGCUCAGCGCAUCUGGCCAACGUUGUCAUGAACUGGGCCGGGAUGCGGUGUCCGUACAAGCUGCUCCGCAUGAUCCUGGCGCUAGUUUGCAUGAGUUCAGAGGUGGGUCGUGCUGUCUGGCUCCGCUUCUCACCGCCGCUGCCCUCCUCGGGGCCCCAGCCGAGCUUCAUGGCACACCUGUCAGGGGCCGUGGUCGGUAUCAGCAUGGGGUUGCUGAUUCUCCGCAGCUACGAGGAGAGUCUGCAGAAACAGUGCUCCUGGUGGGUCAUCGUCUUCUCCUUCAUCACCUUCCUCCUCUUCGCCAUCUUCUGGAACAUCUUUGCAUAUGAGCUGCUGGGGGUGCAGAUACCACCUCCUCCCUGAUGAAGGCCCUCCUCCACAUACACUGACUCCAACCCUGCUCCAAACAAAGGCUUUGACCAUAGUUAACUUUCCCAUUUCCUCUCAAGUUAGACCCAAAUGAAAUGAUAUGAAAUCAUUUAAAACUAAAAUUGACCAAGAAUUCUUUUUUACAGAUACUUUGCAAAUCAAAGAAAUAUGUCUCUUUUAUUAAAGAGGGAUUACAGUAGCAACAAGUACAGGUGAAAGCUCCUCAGAUCAAUUUUGAGGAGCAUUAUAUCUUUUUAUAUAUAUACGUUGAAAUCUCAUCUACAUUACCAGCACUAACCUAUCAGUGAGCAUUUAGCCAUUGUGCUCUUUUUUUCAGAGGCUUUUUGAAAAGCUGUUUCAUCGGUCGAUUCUGAGUGCAUCUUUAAAAUGUGUAAAGACCUCAAGUACGAAGAAUCUGAGUUCAUGACACGUGCCUCUGGUGAAAAGAAAUUUAAGGGAGGCAGGAGUGUGUAUUGCAGCAGUGACAAUGCUGGCAAAACGCUAAGAGAAAUGUUCUGUCUUUCAGUAAAGGCCAGAGAUCAGGAUCAGCUGCAGGGAUGCCCCUUAAACCAAUAGAGUUUCAGUGUUUUGCUUAAAGGCACCUAAGCAGAGUAGACACCUGAAUCUGACUCCUUUGGCUGUGCCACAAAUCAGAGCUGCAGGAGAAGAUUUAAUGAAGGAUUUCAGGAAGAGCAUGUUUAUUUCUGGGGGCAGCAAUAAAAAAAAAACCCACAGGAGCACUGUUGAAACAUGAUUUUUAAUAAGAUUUUUUUAAAUUUCACAGCCCUGCUGUUACUCACAGGGGUUACUGUGGCUUUUUGCAAAAUUGAAAAAAAUCAACUAACCAAACAUUUAUCAUAAGCUGAUAAGACAAGACAUCAGUCAGAUUUGUUGCCCCCAGGUGCAGAUGGAAUAAGAGACCCUGUCCCAGAGCAGUUGCAGGAAGAAUGGAGGAAAACGUUUUAAAUGCAAGAUUUCAGGCACAUUUCAUGUGGAUUCUGUUAUCCUCAACGAGUACCUUAAAGUUAGAGGCAUUGCUGUCAUUUUCACUUCAUAAGACGACAUCAGUUUUCCUAUGUUAUUUCCAUGACAUUAUACCUACACUGUGGACACAGAAACAUAGCUCACACAACAUGGACAUGGAGAUGGGAAAUGAAUGUGACCGCGUGACAGGAGAGCAAAGAAAAAGAAGUUCAUGAAAAAAUGACAGCUUUAGUUUUUCCUGGAUGGUCAUUUCUUAAGUGAGCAAACGCCUCCUGUUGUCAAAUGCUAACCACCAACUUGUUAGGCGCACCGUGUAAAAUAUGCCAUGUCAUGCUCUGUGGCUCUCAGCGAGACAAGGACACACACACAGACACACUUCUCGUCUUUGUCUUUGAGAGCAGCAAUUGCCUGAUUCUGUAAGUCAACGUGGACAAACCGAAGAGAAGAAGACCACACACACACACACACACACAAACAUAAUGGCCUCUGCCUGUUCUCGCUCUGACAGACUGAACUGGGGAGGGCGCGGAUGUGUCAUCACCUGACCUCUGACCUUCGUGUCCCAGAGGGCAUUGGGGUCUCUCUGUCAGGCCCAGUCUAUACCUCAGUUUCUCAUUCUUAGGGACUGUAUACUUUUGUAAAGGAAUGUACCUAUAAUGAAAAAAAAAAAGAGUGUUAUUAAGUUGUCCCCGUUUUUCAUUUGAUAGUGGAUGUGUGUAUAUUGUAUGUUCAUAACCAAGAGUAUAUUUAUUUGUGUUUUUUUUCCUCUUUGAAGAGGAAAAGAGAAACAUUUCAAAUGGUGCAAAAUUAAUGCUAUGAUUGUUGUUCUUCUGAAAACUCCUGUAUGGCUUUGAUCCUCUGAAAAAUAGUCUAUGAGGCAGAAUCCCCUGGUUUGUUAGAUGACCACCGACGAAUCGAGCUCACUUGAUUUUAUAAAUCUUUAGUGCAUUACAAAAUAAGCCAUAGAAAGAACUCAUUCGAGAGGGCAAAAGCAGAGGAAGAAAUGUGUUUGUUGGUUUGAAAACCUGCUGAUUGGCAAACUGUGCAAGUACAAACCUGUGACUGAGAUAUUUUCAUGUAGCUAGACUCAUUUUUACAACUUGUUCGCCAACUGUGUAGACCUGUAGUUGAUGCAGCUUAAUUUUGCAAGCGUUCAUAUCUCCAAACUGUCCCCUGCAGUGUGCAGACGCUGCGCUGUAGUUCUUCCUUUGCAAAUAACAAAUUAUAGACAGGGCCUCUGUCAUGUAUUAUCUCCAGAGUGAUUCAAGCUUUUUGCAAAGCCGAGGCGAGGAUCGCAAUUACAUUUACUCGUGCCACGUUUCAUUUUUCGUCUUUCAAUCAAUAAUUCAUUUGAAUGUCCACUGGCCUUGGAAAGAAAUGUUAUGCAUUUGCCAAUUUUGAUAGCUGCUCAUAAAUACUGUCAGUAGUAACAGAAGACUCUGUGUUAAAUGAGGAAAUCUGUAUGAAAUAGCCAGGAAAAGCCAUUUUCAGAUACAUAAAGAAAAAAAGAGAGAGCAACAGAUACGUGAUGGAAACUCAUGCAUGUUAGGAAAUAUUGCUAGGGAUAAGAUAUGUUGCUGAAUAAUGCAUACACACCCUGUUAGCCUAUAAUGAAGAUAAAGAGGAUGCCUGAGUGGAGGUUAAUGUGCCUCUUUAACUUAAGAUUCAUAGGAACCCAGAAGGGUUGUAAAAAGGGCUAGUAAAUGGCUAUGUUUUUGUAGAACACAUUAACUGUGAAUAUUACCACUCCUGGAAGUACAUGCAGGAUUAAAGUCGAAGGCUUGUGAACUUUUGUUGCCCCUGAAACCCAAAAAAGGUUCUUCUCAAACAAAGAGAAAUUAUACCACUCUCUUCUGAAACGAAGAAAAACAAUCAACAUCAUCAACAGAAGUAGCUUAAACAACCAAGUGGGGAUAACCACAGAACCAACACACCUUCUAAGAACUGCUCUCCUGUCUGAUAAAAAAAGAGCCUCUCCCGCACUCACACAGCAGCUCAUCGUAAAGGAGAGGAGUGAUAGAGGCCUGACUAACAUCCUCUGGCUGACAGCAUGUGACAGUUUUGGUGUGUGAGGGAUGGUGGGACAGCAGAAACAACAAUGCUGGCACUCUUCACAAAACUUCAGCAGGCCUGCAAAGCAGCAGCGUUCGUGCUUUUCCCCAUACUGUCACACUCAUGUCACAACAUCAUCGGUGUCAGGAUGAUGCAUGGCUGUUGCAAGGAUACACCAGAGCCCAAAGGUAGACCGUGAACAGGAAAUCUUCCUUUAAUAAGUGGAUCUGACAGACUGCAUGGUGUUAAUUUAAUUGCCGUCUUUGAGUGACAUAUCUGUUUGUUGUUCCGCAGUGUGAGGGAUGGCAUGAGCUGAAUAUCAGUAUGGCAUGCUGGGUCUGUCAGUAGCAUUUGAUCCUUCACUUUGGGUGAUUCACAUGCACCCCUUGAUUGUUUGAGUCUCAUGCAUACAUGAACCCUUUUUGAUGUGACGGCACCUAAAAUACUGUUCACUUCUCAGCUCAUCUGAUCCAAAAAUGCAGCAUAACUUUAAAGCAGCAUACUUGACAUUUACUGUUUCUUGUAUCUCAUCGUAAGUGGGAUUUUUUUUGCACUUAUUAUAAUGUAGUUAACUCACAUGUGGGUGUGUGCCAUAUUCUCUACUGCCAUAACCAUUCUUUCAUGUGUUUUUACCUCCCUAUGCCAAUCCAUUGUGCUGUUAUGCCCAAUGCCUUGUUAUAGUAUAAGCCCACAAGACUGAGCACUGGGCAGAAAGGCUGCUUUGCUCUUAGCUAUAUGGUAUAAUCUACAUGAUCAUGUACAGAAUCCAGAAGAGAAAGCAGCAGCAGUGCAAACAACUGAAGUUGUUAAUAUAUCCAGUAGCUGCUCUGAACUGCUGCUUGCCAACAAGCCGGCCAGGUUGCCUUUUCUUAGUAUUUAUUGCUACUUAGAUUGCAGGCUACUGUAGCUCCAGACAUGGCAAUGUACUUACAACAACAGUCAUUGGAUGCUCACCAGUGCAUAAAGUUACACUUGUAGUGUUUUACUGAAGAUGUUGAAUCCUGAAAUGCUGGUUUAAAAAAGGUACAGACUUUAGCUCCCAAAUGAUCCUGGAUAUUGAUCUGUGUGUAAAAAAAUGGGUCCCAUUUUAAAUGUGUGUUAAUGAGCUGGUAAAAUUACACAAAAUUAAUUGGCUGGGACACAAAACUGCAGUGCAGACUAAACAUGUGUCUAUGAAUUGCAGGUUGUCAUAGUUCAGCAAUUUAUCAAACUAUCCAUUAUGUUGAGAAUCUUCAGUAUUAACCUUUAAAUGGGGAACGCCAGAGAAUGUUCUGGUUUUCAAGUGGAUUAGUGAACAAUGAUUUUUUUUGUCUACCACAGCUAGAAACAAGCAUAAAGGAGAACAUUGCUAAAGUCUUUGAUUUGCUAGUUACUAGCUUUGGUACAUAUUAUUUUCAUGUUCACAAAUACUGCCUGAACCACUCGAGGUCAUGCAAAUAUCAUAUAGGUGGUUUCUUUAAAAGCAGAGUCUUUCCCUCCAACAAUUUAAAAUUUAUAAAGUCAUGUGUGUGCUGCUGUGGUAGUUUUUCCUGAGCUGCUUACUUGUAUUGAUAAAAUGGUGCCAAGCUUACGAGGUUCAAUCUCUCAGACCAGACAAGAGGUUGUACCAACACAGCGUUUACAAAAAGACAAAGCAGAAGAAGCUAUUUUUCUCUCGGUCAUGAGGAAACUAAAGGAAAACUAAAUUUACAAAUGGAUAAUUUAUAUCAAAGUCCUCAUUAAUUAUUUCACAAUCUAUUGUACUUUUUAAAUGUUCUGAACAGAACCAUUUUAUAUUGUAUAUAUAUGAAUAUAUUUUGUUUUAUUUUGUACUGUUCAUUGUACUUUUCUUUGAUUUAGAAACAAUAUAAAUAAAGAACAAUACUGUGGCAACAUCCUACUGCUUUUUUAAGUGUAUUUAAGCACAAAAUCAUUAUCACUGAGCUGCGAUGAUUAAUCACUUAGUAGAUUACUGGUGUCAGCUUCUCAAGUGUAAAUACUUUCUGGCAUUUUCAGUCCAGUCAACUGAAUAUUUUUGCAUUAUUAGUUGGACAAAAAUACAUACAUGAAGAUGUGACUUUGGGCUCUGAGUGUGAUGGGUAUUUUUCACUGUUUGCUUACAUUUUACAGACCAUAUGAUUAAUCAACAAAACAAUCACUUGAUAAAUUGAUAAUAAAAAUAAAUGUUAGUUGCAGCCCUGACCGUCAUCGUCACUCAGUCUGGAUUUGGAGUCAAAGCGAAGAAAAACUUUGAGGACUUUUAUCUUACAGCUGUAUGACUGAACUACAUAAACUGUAUCAUUGGACCAUGUUUACUCACAUGUAAAGCAUAACUGAUAUUAAAAAUGUGGUUGUAGGAUUUUAAACAUUUGUAAACCUCAUCUCACAAAUUCUACAAAAAGAAUAAAAAUUAAAAGCUCAAAGGAC